GGCUUGCCCUCGUGGGCUUUCCUCCUUCGCCGUGUGGACACGUCAGUGGUUUCCUGCAAUCGUUCGGAAAGGAGGGAUCUGUAUUAUGAAAGAACAAUCCCGAAACCGUGCUUACAGUGCAGCUUACAGAAAGCAAAGUAACAUAGCAUUAUUGUUCGUGCGCCCACGUUAUUCGACAUGGACGAGUGUCAAUUUGCAAGUUGUGAUGGAAAAUCUCUUUAGAAUACAAUGGACUCUUACUGAACAUCAUUUACACGUUGUUAACGAUACGGAAGCUCCCAGCAUACAGUGACAAUAAAGAAACAUUUGUACCGCCAGGUUAUAUAGUAUUAAUCUUUACCAACAAUGAAGGCCCCUCAGGUUUUUUUCAUUGUUAGUCUUUUCACCUCCAUCUUAAUAAUGGUGCUGAACUAUCAAAGCAUUUCAUUAUAUGAAAGAUGGGAGAUACAGAACAGCGAAUACGCAAUAUCUCAUGACAAAGUCACCUCUGACAGCGUAGUCUGCAGAGACAUUUUUGAGAUUGGAAAACACAGCCCGAACAUGUCGGAUAUGAUAGAUGUGGGCGUUAGCGUAAUCAGUCACCGCAAGAAAGAAAGACGCUUCCUUCACCAUCAUUUUUAUGAUAUCAUUGGCUAUGCACAGCCGCACAUGGCCAUGACCACUGCCGAGGGGCGUGGCUUGAAUGGGACCAAUGUUGCUGUGAAUAAACAGUGGCGGCUGCAGCAAGUGGGUGGUCGAUUGCCUCACCUGGCUUGCAGCUUGCGGGAAUACAGUGGAAAAGAUAUAGGCACAUGUGUGGGGUUGCGGGCGAAGGCUGGAAAGACCACACAUAUCAUGUACAUCGGAGACUCACGCAUCAGGCAGCACAUCGAGGUACUUCUGGACCACAUGCGAGAUCUUGACUUCAUCAUCACGACUUACCAGGGACAAGUUAUCACCGUGGAGGAUUUUUUGGGACAAAAGGGCUCAAAACAAUGGUUUAAGUAUAAACACAACUUCCGCGUGGAGACCUCAAGCUCACCGAGGUUUAUCCUCGACUACCACUGGGCUUCCGACAUCCAAAAGAGGGGCAACGCGCGAGAGGCUGAAGCCGCAGGGAAGCUUCCGAACUAUCACGUGGGAGCCAUAGAUCUGCUCAACACACUGAAAGACGCUCCGGAAGGCACUCUGCCAGACCUCAUUCUUCUCAAUACAGGUGCGUGGCAGCUGAUGGAUAUAAAAGGCAAUAUCAUUGACCAGGUGGACUCAACUGCCAUUGAAGUGAUGCAGGUUUUAUAUCCUUUGCUGAAUCAUCUGUCAGAACUGACCACGGUUGUGUGGGCACUGCCCGACUCUUUCAAGGAAUUUAUGCUUCACGAUUUUGGUUCUACUGGUAAAUACACUCAACAGACCAAUGCCAUACUAGAAUGGGUUCUCAAUGGACAAGCACAGCUCCUGCCUCCAAGAGUGCUUGUGUGGGAUUCCUUCCUGCCUGUUUCCCAUGCUGCUUUGUCUGACUGCAUCAUGUUUCUUAGCAAAAAUCUGGAUAUAAAGAAAUUACCAGCAUACUCAAUAUUCAAACCAGAAAUAACAUGGCACUGUACAGAACGAAUGCAUGUUGGAUUUGAAGCUCUCUUUGUGGCAGCUCAAAUGACGAUUAAUCACAUAUGCAAUCCUUUUAUGGACGAAAAAGGUUAUUGCUGUUCUACAUAGCAAUACUACUGUCUGUAUGAGAAGCUGUUUUAACAUAAAAAAUAUAAGUGAUGACUAUAUAUAACUGUUUAGAUAACCCUCAGAUUUUGGAUUAAUGGAUAAAAUUCACAUAAGAAUCAUUACUGGCAUGCCAAUUACUGUUGUUCUGGAAAAGCACAAAAUUCAUGAAUAUCAAUUACAAAUAUUCUCAGUAGUCUUGUACAUUUUCUAUAAAACAAUGCUUUGAUCUACCAAACAAUGCAAGUGAAUAUUCUAACAGUUAUUAUGUUUUUUGGUAGGGCAUUUUCCUUUAUGUACUUUGAAGGUGUUUACUUAUAUGAUAAUGAAACCAAUGUCUUGUAAACUGAUGUCAUUACUAAUUCAACCAUAAUGUAUAUGAGGAUGGUUUAUAAAAAGAAGUUUUAAGGAGA